CAUAUCAACAUUUAAUUUUCUAUAGAUAUUAUUAGUAGAACUGUUAAUAAAUUGAGUAUAUCAUAAUGAAUAGUGAUCGACCUACUCUACCACGUCAUACUAAUAAUGCCUCAGUAUCUUCUAUAGGAUCCUCAGGUAAUCCACAAUAUUUAAGUACAUUUAAAAGUAAUAGAUCUGGUUCAAGUGGGGUACGAUUGGGACCAACUUAUACCAAUGCUGAAUCAUUUGGAUAUUCUACUGGGGGAGGAGAAACACAUAGUAUACGAACUAUAGAUAGAAUACCGAGUGCCAAACCAAGUGUAACCUAUCUGGAUAAAUUAUGGACUCAAAUAGAUGUAUUAGAUGAUGUUAAAACUAUGGCCGAACAAGUAAGAUUAAAGGGAUCAUUCUUUAAUGAUAAAUUUGAAGGAGAAUUAAAUAAGCUUAAAGAACUGCAGAAUAAACUAUUAACUACCAUGUCCAUGCAGAAUUUUGAUGAUAUGAAGACGAAGGAAACGCAAAAGAGUCUAAUGAAAUCACAACUGACAACAAUAGAUAAUGAUGAUGAUGAUACAGCCAAACAACAGAAGCUCAAUGAUUUUUUCAGAGAAGAUGAUAAAGGUAAAGCUACAAAGGAGUUACUUAAUAGAAAACAAAAUUUUGAUGAAAUGAAUCAGUACGUUAUGCAUAUUAGAGAGGAUUUAAAAGAAGUUGCGAAAGCUAUGAAGAAGUUUGAUGAGACAACAAGAGACCAGUGGUGAAUAGGGAGGCAGGGUCCCUACAAACAAAGAAAUUUACC